AUGGCGGACUCAAAGGGCCAAACUUUACCAGUCUCGUAUCGAAAAGGAAUUUGGACGUUAUAUACUAUAUACUUGGUUGGAUCAAAAUUUCUGCAUAUAUAUAGGCACGCUUUACUAUCAAUCUUAUCUUGCUUUACUAUAGGUGCUCCUGCGAUAGUCAAUCCUAAACCAGUUAGUCUUUUUGGUUUUGAAAAUCAGAAGGUACAAGUUACCUGUGUAGUGGAAGACACAGUUUCCAAUCCAAUUGAGAUAACAUUUUUGAGGAGGACUAAAUUUGGUGACGUCACUUACAUAAAAGAUGAAGGACCUAAUGGACGCCGCUAUUUUCAAAAACAACCACUGGAUGGCGGAAGAAAACUAAGUGUGACUCUGCAUAUCAAAAAAGUCAUAAAAACGGAUGAUGAACAAUUCGGCGAUUAUGAAUGCAUAGGACGCUCAGCAGGUGGGAGUGAUAGAUAUGGAUUCUCGAUCGAUUUUGUCGACCUAAAAGAGUUACCUGAAGUCCACGCCUCUGGUAAUGUAACAACAAAGAUUGGGAAGCAAAUUCAACUUAGUUGUAAUGUCAUCCUCAAUCCACUGGGAGCCCAACGAUGGCAGAAAUUCGUCAAGUUUACCUGGAUAAAAGAUAGAAGUGUCGUAAUCAAAAGUUCAAAUUCAUUUCCUACUUCCUCAUCAAAUCAAACUCUGGUUUUAAACGUGACCUCAGGUGAUGUGGGCGGUACAUAUACAUGCAACUUGGUGUAUAUGCUGAGAGCUUAUACCAGGAUGAGCAUGUCGAAAACUAUUACCGUAAAAGGUCAGUGCGAUGGCGGUGGCGGUGGCGGUGGCGGUGGCGGUGGCGGUGGCGCGAAUGCUGAUAAUGUUGAUGAUGAUGGUGACGACGAUGAUGAUACCAAUCAUGAUGAUAAUGAUGAUGAUUUCAGUAGGAYCCUAAAAUCACGACAGAUCGUUACAUUAUUACCAACAGAAAGCAAGCUAUAUGAAGUCCACGCCUCUAGUAAUGUAACAGCAAAGUUUGGGGAUCGAAUUCAACUCAGUUGUAAUGUCAACGUCACUGACAGAGGCGCGCUAUUGACGACCAUCGGCACGUUUACCUGGACAAAAGAUAAAAGUGUUCUAAUCGAAAGUUCUUUUUCUAUUUCCUCAUCAAAUCAAACUCUGGUUUUAAAUGUUAGCUCAGGUGAUGUGGGCGGUACAUAUACGUGCGACUUGGAGUAUCUCCUAAGAAAAGCUAGCAAGAGAAGGCUCACAAAAACCAUUACUGUAAAAGUCCAGCCCCAAUUUUUCCCUGAAAAGAAAGAAGAAAAGAAUGGGACGCGGCUUGUGUGUACUGCUCAGGGGAAUCCACUGGUGACCGAAUGGAAAAGAAAACCGUAUCUGCUYCGAGAUGACAUCCUUGUCUUGGAUAAGAAAGAUAACUCAUCUAAAGGAAAGUACGUGUUUUCUAACAUGGAUGACUUCAAGGAUCACAGCUUGACCAUCUAUGACGUACGAUCGUCAGACGCCGGCCAGUACUAUUGUUGUAUCAAGAACAUCAUGAGUUCCACACCCCYGGAAGAUCUCAGUAACUGUCAGAUCUUUGACGUCUCACCCGAACCCCAACACACUGCCUCAUCUUCGAAAUUAUUAGCCCAAGUUGGUUCUUCUGUUGGCAAAACAAGUAUGACGUUUUCUAUCAUUCUCCUCGACUUGCUGUUGACAUGGUUGCUGUCAUGAAACGUCACGUGACCAUUCCACCAGGUCACGUGAUGCCUGAGCAUGGGGAUGUCAUCUAUUAUGUCAGUGAGAUGAAAUGCAAACUUAGUCUUAGAAAAAGCCGUUAAUCUCCUUGCUUGUUGUAUUUAUUGCCUUUAUUAUACUGGGUACACCUACUUCAAAAAACAUUAUCAUUGUCAAAGGCGAUAGACGAUAGGUCAUUCCGACAUGGAAAUGGUUUCGUUGAAUACAAAGAACAUUGAAUCAGACCCAAAACUAACUUGAAGGUCCAUGUUCUUGACGAGAAUAAGAGCAGAAGCACAAGUCAUUCCAUAUAUUCUAUAUCGUCUAUCGCCUAUUGCCUUUGGCGACAACAACGUUUUUUGAAAAAGGUGUAUAAGAGUAGUUAGCAGUAUAUUUUCCGUAGUCUUAUCUGUAAAACAAAAUGGAUACGUUUGGGUUUUCAUUUGUGUGACUCCAACGAACUGAACAAUAAAAUGGAAAAUAUCUUUU